AUGGAUGACGAUAUUGAAGCAUAUAACUUUAGCAGCGUCAAGAACAUGUUCAAUUUCAGCUAUAACCAAGCCAUGGAGAUCCUGAAGGAACACACGGUUCGAAGCCGGGUUUUUAGUAGAACAGUCGAGGCAACCUUUGUGUCGUGCUACACGUUACUCAUUGCGACCGGAGUCUGUGUCAAUCUGUUAAUUUUGUUUAUUAUUGUCACCAAGAAAAGCGUUUACACUCAUCGAAACCUAUUCGUCGUUAACCUGAACAUCUCGGAUCUUGCGUUGUGCCUACUCUGCAUGCCUUUCACCCUGGUGGAAUUGAUAUUACGAAACUGGCCCCUAGGAGAGUUCCUGUGCAAAGUUACGCCUUUCGUCCAGGCGUCAACAAUAUUCGUUUCAGCAAGCACCAUCUCCGCUAUUGCCAUUGAUCGCCAUUAUUCUAUACUUACCAUAAAUCCGGCAAAGACGCAGAACGGAAAACGUCGAGUCGUCGUGUGCACGUGUGUGAUAUGGCUCGUAUCCAUGGUUCUCUCUCUUCCAAUUUGUAUUGCAAAAAGACUGGAGAAAGUUGGAUUGCCAGGAUAUGUUAUUUAUGAAAAAUGUAUAGAAGAGUGGCCAUCCAGCUCCAGCAAACUCGUCUACUUGUUAAUAACUUUAAUUGCUCAGUUGGCCAUUCCAGCUACCGUGUUGCUGACCACCCACUUCCGGGUCAAGGCCCAUUUGAAUUUCACAGUUAUGAAGCAAUCAGGGCGCCGUAGCACCCUGAAAUCCGAAAGGACACAGAGGGAGCUACGGAGGAAGCAGAGGGCGACCAUGGUUCUACUGAACGUGUCGCUAGUUUUUACCAUCAGCUGGCUUCCCUGGAAUGUUAUUAACCUCGUGGCAGACCUUUAUCCGACCAUCAUGUCACCCAAGAACCUCUACAUGGUCUUCGCCAUCUGUCAUCUAAUCGCAAUGAGUUCUGCCACUUCCAACCCCAUCAUGUACGGCUGGCUGAACACUAACAUCAAAAGAGAACUGGUGCGGUUUUGUGAGAUGCUUAGCAGCGCGUUGCUUUCCAGUAAUUCGAAACGAGAAAAUUCGGGAGAGUCUGUAAAUGCCGUCCCCCUUUCCCAACUCCCCCAAAGAGAUAGAAAUAAUUAA